GCCGCGCCCGACGACGCCUCCAUGCUCGGCCUGGCCCGGCUGCUGGGGGCCCGCGGCCCGGCUUGGGGGCGGCCGCUCCGGAGCUGCAGCGGCAAGAGGGAGGCCCCGGGCCGGCAGCCGAGCGAGCUGAAGCGGCGCCUGAAGGCGGAGAAGAAGGUGGCCGAGAAGGAGGCGAAGCAGAAGGAGCAGAGCGAGAAGCUGCCGCCGGCCGCUGCCCACGGGCCCGAUUGCGCACUUGCCGACGAGGAGAGCCUCGACCCCAACCAAUAUUACAAGAUCCGCAGUCAGGCCAUCCAGCAGCUGAAAGGCACCUCCGAAGAUCCCUACCCACAUAAGUUCCACGUGGAUCUGUCCCUGACGGACUUCAUAGACAAGUACAGCCACCUACAGGCUGGGGAUCACCUGGCUGAUGUUACAUUGAGAGUGGCAGGUCGGAUCCAUGCAAAACGUGCCUCUGGAGGGAAGUUGAUUUUCUACGACCUUCGUGGGGAGGGAGUUAAGUUGCAAGUUAUGGCGAAUUCCAGAAACUACAAAUCUGAAGAAGAAUAUGUGCACGUGAACAACAAGCUUCGCCGGGGAGACAUUAUCGGGGUCCGAGGGAACCCGGGCAAGACAAAGAAAGGGGAGCUGAGCAUCAUCCCUUAUGAAAUGACCUUGCUGUCACCGUGCCUCCACAUGCUACCUCAUCUUCAUUUUGGGCUCAAAGACAAGGAAACCAGAUUUCGACAGAGAUACCUGGAUUUAAUUCUUAAUGAUUUUGUGAGGCAAAAAUUCAUUGUCCGAGCAAAGUUGAUAACGUACCUUCGAAACUUCCUAGAUGAGUUGGGCUUUCUGGAGAUUGAGACUCCCAUGAUGAACAUCUUACCUGGCGGGGCUGUUGCAAAGCCUUUCAUCACUUACCACAAUGAGCUGGACAUGAACUUGUACAUGAGAAUAGCACCAGAGCUCUACCAUAAGAUGCUGGUGGUUGGCGGAAUGGACCGGGUCUAUGAAAUUGGGCGCCAGUUCCGGAACGAAGGCAUUGAUUUAACUCACAACCCAGAAUUCACCACCUGUGAAUUUUACAUGGCUUAUGCAGACUACCAUGACUUGAUGGAGAUCACGGAAAAGAUGGUUUCAGGAAUGGUGAAACACAUCACGGGCAGCUACAAGGUAGUGUAUCACCCGGAAGGCCCAGAGGGCCAGGCGUAUGAAAUAGACUUCACACCACCCUUCCGGAAGAUCAGUAUGGUGGAUGAGCUGGAGCGAGUCCUGGGAAUGAAACUUCCAGCAACGGAUCAGUUUGAAACAGAAGAGACUCGCAAAUUCUUUGAUGUUGUCUGUGAGGAGAGAGGAGUUGAGUGCCCGGCCCCUCGGACUACAGCUAGGCUGCUUGAUAAGCUGGUUGGAGAAUGUUUAGAAGUCACAUGCAUCAAUCCCACGUUCAUCUGCGACCACCCCCAGAUUAUGAGCCCCCUGGCCAAAUGGCAUCGCUUUCGGCAGGGGUUGACAGAGCGUUUUGAACUUUUUGUGAUGAAGAAGGAGAUCUGCAACGCCUACACGGAGCUGAACGACCCUUUUCGCCAGCGCCAGCUCUUUGAAGAUCAGGCCAAGGCAAAAGCUGCUGGUGACGAUGAGGCAAUGUUCAUUGACGAUAACUUCUGCAUGGCUCUGGAGUACGGGCUCCCCCCCACAGCUGGCUGGGGCAUGGGCAUUGACCGCCUUACCAUGUUCCUGACGGACUCAAACAACAUCAAGGAAGUCCUGCUGUUCCCGGCCAUGAAACCUGAAGACAAGAAGAAGGAUGCGGAGGGGACCUCCGUGUGACCCAAGAGACUGCAGAGGAGGGCAGGCGGGUGGGCGGCCAAGCCGCUGGUCUGGCUCUGAAGGGGCCCACUGUAUUUCCCCAGUCCUGAAUAAAGGCCCUGCUGCCUACUCUUCUUA